CCCACUAAGCAUCACGCAUUUGACGCGGGCGCGCAAGGAAGCACGGGGCCACGAAGGAAUCGCGGGAAAAAGCACGGACGAUUUGCAGCUGCCGGCGAGGAGGAAGGCCCCGGAUCUCGCCGGAGCCGGCUGCAUUCAUUCAGCGGCCGCGUGGAGCCGGCUUGCCAGCCCGUGGUGCUCCGCGACGAGGAGGGAGGGAGGGAGCGAUCAUCGAUGGGAGGAAGGCAUGACGUGCAUUUCUUGGACGCGUGCUUCCUCUGCCUGAGGCCGCUCGCCGUCAACCGUGACAUCUUCAUGUACAGAGGGGACACGGCGUUCUGCAGCGAGGAGUGCAGGAGGGCGCAGAUGGAGGCGGACGAGACGGCGGAGAGGAAGGAGAGAGAUAUGGCCAAGAGGCUGGCACAGGGGGCCCCGCCAGCCAGGGAAGUGGAUGGCCCACAGGAGCGCGGCAAGGUCCGAGAAGGCUCGGUCCUGGCCCUGUAGCGCAAGUUCUGGAGUAGUCUAUGUAUGGCCUUUUUUUUUCCUCUUCUAUUAUUUCUGCCUUACGAAACGUACCACCAGAGAUCAUCGCUUUCGUUUGCACGGGUUUGUGUUUUUUGUUUAAAACCCCUGGGGAUCAUUCGGUGGUUUGUUGGUGAAUGGUGAUCAUGUAUACUGCACCACGUCUUGUACUAGUCUAGGGAGAAAUAAUAUUGAGACACUGUGAAAACGCUGUAUUGCUUACAAAAA